GAGAGACGGGGUGAGAGAGAAUGAGAGAGGGCGCCGGGAGAAAAGAGAGAGAGAGAAACAGAAAGAGAGAGAGACUUAGAGUUAAAUGCUCGCUGUUAAAAACAGAGUAAAGGCGCGGGGCUGACAGGGUUGACUUUUCUUCAGCAGGCGGAGAACCGCGGACUGACUGACUGACUCACCGGCAGGACAGACAGACGGGCUCGCCCGACACUCGGACACAAACACUGGGCUUUAAAACUUUUUUCUCCAGCCGCGUUCUGGUUGUUUUUAUAUCUCUGUAGAGUUUCGCCUACUUUUUGGAUACUCGCAACACCCUCGGCUCCCUAAAUGCUGCAUGACAACUCCUCCCUUUAAUUUCGUCCUGUGUUGUUUGUUUACUUGUUUAUAUAUUUAUUCAUUCGUUUUUCCCCGCGCUCUCCCUGAGGCUUAUGCUUACAAAUGUUAGCUGUGGGGCAAAUGGAUGCUAACAGGCAGAGCGCUUUCGUGCUGGGCAGCACGCCGCUGGCUGCGCUGCACAACAUGACCGAGAUGAAGAACUCUCUGUUCCCGUAUGCGCUGCAGAACCCGGCCGGCUUCAAGGCUCCGGCCUCGCUCUCCAGCCUCAGCUCGCAGAUCCCGCUGGGGACGCCGCACGGGAUUAGCGAUAUCCUCGGCAGACCCAUCGGCGCGGCGGGACAGCUGCUCACGGGCUUCCCUCGGAUCGGCGGCCUGGCAGGAUCGGCGGGGAUGUACCUGAACCCCGCGGCCGUGGCCAGAUACCCCAAACCCCUGGCAGAGCUGCCCGGACGCGCUCCUAUCUUCUGGCCCGGUGUCAUGCAGGCUUCUCCGUGGAGAGACCCGAGAGUGCCCUGUCCCUCACAAGCCAGCCUAAUGCUGGAUAAAGAUGGCAAAAAGAAACAUUCCAGACCCACCUUCUCAGGACAGCAGAUUUUCGCCCUGGAGAAAACUUUCGAGCAGACCAAAUACCUGGCCGGUCCGGAGAGAGCACGGCUCGCCUACUCACUGGGAAUGACCGAGAGCCAAGUCAAGGUGUGGUUUCAGAACCGCAGGACCAAGUGGAGGAAGAAGCACGCCGCGGAAAUGGCCACGGCCAAGAAGAAGCACGACUCUGAAACGGAGAAGAUGAAGGAAAGUUCGGACAACGAGGACGAUGACGAGUACAACAAACCCCUGGACCCCAACUCAGACGACGAGAAAAUCACGAGACUGCUGAAAAAGCACAAGGCCACGAGCGGCUCCCUCGUCAGCCCGUGCAGUAACAGCUCGGACACGUUGUGAUUGAUUGACAGCUGAGCAGAGACUCUAGUUCGGACUAAUGCGGCCUGAAGCAGGGUAUACACUGCUGUUCUGAAGUAAAGCACGGUAUACACUGCUGUCCUGCAGCCACGCAGAGUGUACACUGCCGUCCUGAGGCAGAACAUGCGCUGCUGUCCUACUAAAGCAGGGUAUGCGCUGUUUCCCCACAGCAGAACACGCAGAACACUGGUGGUACUGGUCUCCUCGGUCCAACAGGCGCUCGCUCUGAUGGUGCCGAUGCACUGUGUUGUACAUGCGAGUGUAAGUGAGAUGUAUAUAUUUUGUACGGAGUAAAUUAUGUUAUUAAACCGCCAGGAACGGACAUGGCGAGCUGAUGAGCCAUCACCACCUUUCUGUCAGCUGUUUUAGCUUAAUUUCGCUGCGCUGUGGUAGAAUAACCAAGCCUAACUCGAUCAGCCUGGCUGAUCAGUUCUGUCCUCUACAGAUCUACUGGAUCCAGUGUUGUAAAUGAACCAUGUAAAUAGCCUUUGUUUAACAGUGUCCUCUAAAGCCGGUUCGCUUCAUUUCGAAGGACUUUGUUUUACCACAUACCACUGAAAAUAGCCACAGAUGGAGCGUUAAAUAUUGAAAUAAGAGAAUAUUAUUGCUUCCGUGCUGAAGGAAGAAACCCCUUUGUAUGAUCAAUAAAUUAUUUAACAUAUUUUAAA